CAUACGGCCGGCAAAUACAGAGGUGUUCACGCUGUUAAGCUUCUAGGCUGGGGUGUAGAAAACGGAACAAAGUUUUGGCUUGGAGCCAACUCUUGGUCAGAAGAUUGGGGAGAAAAAGGAUACUUCCGCUUUUUACGCGGAGAGAAUCAUUGUGAUUUUGAGCAAGGUAUAUCGGCUGGACUAUUCAGACUGGAUUGA